AUGAGCGUCACUGAGGCCUCAGUUGCUGCUCCCGUGGUGGCGAGCUCAGAAAACAACAUCAGAGGCCAUAUGCGAUCUCGAGGCCGGGGACGAGGAGGUUUUGGUCGAGGCUCUAACCGAGGUCGUGGUCGCGGUCAUGGUCGGGGGCAAGGUCGAGAUGGGACGAACGAGGCCUUUCAGCCAACGGCACCAGAGGAUGCAGAGAUACAAGCUCCUGUACAAUCUAUAACACAGCAAGGCCAGAGGAAUCAAAUACAACAGCCUCGACAAAACAGACAUCGCGAACAGACGCAAUCUUCAGCGGAGGGUACGAGUGACGGACCUCGGAGAAGAAAUAAAAAGCCAGCAAAUACGCAGUCGCGUAAGAGACUGCCCACACAAAUAGGCGGCAGAUCGUUUGGAGGCCGGUUAACAAGAGGGAACGGAGACUCGACAAUGAAUCUAUCACCGGAUAGUAUUAGCAGGUCCAAUACAGGCGGCCAGCAUGGUGAUCAUUUACAUGCUGAUGUUCCUGAGUUCGUACCAGGUCAAUUAGGCCAUGAUGCCAGAUCCGGCCCCCAGCCCGUCAAACAAGCUCACAACCACCCUCCAAAAGUAACGACGAAAUCCGCCGCUCCUGAUAUCGCCACCCGAACACACGAAGACAUUGCGAAUGGUCUUGGUCAAAGAACGAAGGUUCGGCGUUCCAGCAGCGUCAAAACGAGAACGGCGAGGAUGUACAACGAAUGUGGCGCUGCCCUGGAUGUAAUCUCCCUCACGAUGUUCUGCCAACAACAUAUUCGUGUUGGUGUGAGAAAGAAAUUGAUCCCCGACCUCUACCAGGAAUUCCUCCUCACUCUUGUGGACAAACCUGUUCUCGAAGUCGAAAACGAUGCCCUCACCCUUGCGAUUCAACCUGCCAUGCGGGUCCUUGUCCACCGUGUACUGCUAUGGGACCGACACAAGACUGUUUCUGCGGAAAGAACUCAACGACAAAGCGAUGUCUUGAAACAGAUUACACUAACGGUUGGAGUUGUGGCGAGAUUUGUGGUGACCUGCUUCCUUGUGGUAAACACACUUGUCCCCGACCUUGUCACGAGGGUCUUUGCGGAUCUUGCGAAGAGAAAGUCGACGCUCGUUGCUAUUGUGGAAAAGUCGAGAAUCAGAUCUUAUGCAGCGCCACCGAAGAGGAAAUAA